GAUAAAGAGACAGCAGACAUGAACUUAGAGACACUGAGAGGACAUGGAUCAUCCAACACUGAUGCUGCUGGUGACUCUCUGCAGUUCAGGACUCUGUGCUGAACUCCAUUCAGGUUCAGAGGAAUUCAGGCUGGUGGGAGGAGCCAGCCGCUGCUCUGGCAGACUGGAGAGGAAGGUUCUGGAAGAAUGGGAAGAAGAGGUUGAAAACUAUAAUAACCUGAGCUGGAACUUGGAGCGUGUGGAUGAUGUGUGCAAAUCACUGGACUGUGGAUCUGUGGUGUCUAUGAGGAGAAUUGAAACAUCUUCUGAUUAUAAAUUUAAUGUGGAGAUCUACUGUUCAG